CACUGACAUAAUGUCAUCUCAACCGCUUCUUUUUCGCUGUGAGACUCAACAGCAGAAAUUCAGUGUGUUUAGUGAACUUCCAGCGUAGUUUCGCGUCGAGGUGAUCGUAAUUAUGAACUUAAUAUUCGAUUUGAUAUUCGGCGUGCAUUUGAGGACGAUUUGAGUGUACGUAGUUGAAAUACGUGUUUCGGGCCCAGUUGCAUGCGACAGAGUAUCGCAUCGCACUUGUUUGUGUGUAUCGUGCGUAUGCUACAUACGCCUUAUUAUGAUGCUUUCUUGAUUUUCACGCGUUAUUCUCGUACUAAAUGAAUUAUUGCAUCGUUACAACUGAAGUUCAUUGUGAUUGCAUCAAUGAUUGUAAUACUAAGUGAUCGGGCGUAGGGUAAUUUACGCACCAAAUCGAAAAUGCAAGGAGACGAUCCUCCUUAUUUGCAUGUCGGUACCGCAGUCAGCGCGAAGUACAAGGGUGCGUUUUGUGAAGCCAAAGUUAGCAAAGUUGUCCGAAUUGUAAAAUGCAAGGUUACAUUCAAAAUGGGUCUGGGCACAGCCACUGUGAGUGAUGAGGUUAUAAAGGGGCCAAUCAGAGUUGGCCAACUUGUGAAUGCAAGACAUCCAGAGAAGAAAGAAAACAUUGAUUGUAUUAUCACGAAAAUUCAGGACUGUAGUCAAUAUACAGUUGUGUUUGAUGAUGGAGAUAUAACAACACUGAGGAGGUCUGCAUUGUGUUUGAAAAGUGGCAGGCACUUUAAUGAGAGUGAAACGUUGGAUCAAUUACCAUUGACACAUCCAGAGCAUUUUGGGAAUCCAGUCAUGGGUGGCAGAAGAGGAAGAAGAUGCAGGCAGCUGAAGGAAGACAGUAGUGAUGGCGAGGGUGAAGAGGAAAAUGAGCCAGAUUUAGAGAUGUACAGUGCUGAUAUUGGUAGAGUAGUUGUUAUUGAAGGUUCAGAUAAGAAAAGAAUCAGAGACAAUUGGUUCCCCGGGUUGAUCGUUAUUCCGUCAGCCCAACCAACCGUACGAAUAAAUGUUAAAGAUGAAUUUCUCGUGCGGUCAUUCCGCGAUGGUCGAUAUUAUACUGUUCCAAAGAAGGAGAUUAUGGAAUUCAAACGUGAAUCUAAAGCUGACAUGUCAUGUCUCAAAGAAGCCAUUGAAAAGGCUCUAAAGUAUAUGGACCAAGAUGAGUUGCCACCUUACUGGGAGCGAAAUUCGUUGUUCAACUCGCAAAGUCAAUUGACUGAUUCUGAUGACAACUAUAGCGAUAGUUCAGACGAUGAACCUACCGAAGAAAAAGAUCACUUCGUCGCGCAAUUGUAUAAAUUCAUGGAUGAUAGAGGGACACCCCUAAAUAAAACACCAACAAUCGCACAGAAAGAUGUGGAUUUCUACAAACUGUUUCGCCUAGUGCAUAAAAUGGGUGGUUAUAAUCGCGUAUCAAAUAAAACAAAGUGGAAAUCUGUCACUGGGCGACUAAAGUUGCCGCAAACCCAAAGCGCGUAUAAUCAAGUUAAGCAGGUGUACAAGAAAUGUUUACUUAGCUACGAAGCGUUCUACAGAACUUUGGGUUGCACAAUGUUGACACCGAUCAGACACGCGAAAAAAGAUCGAGGAAGGCCUUUAAUUCGCGACAAAGAUCGUAUGACACCGGUGCAGAGUCCUAAGCCCGAAAAGGAGAAGGAAGAAGAGCCGCCAGAAAUAAAGAAGGAAAAAGAGGAAGACGAGAAGGAAAAGAAAGAGGACGUAAUAGUAAAAACACCAAAACCGAAAAAGGCUGAAAAACCGGUGAAGGUCGAGGAUGAAAAGAAGAAUAUUAAAAAAGAACCACUGCCCGAAUGUAGUGACAACAGCAGUGAUGCGACGGAUCAAUCGGAAGUUGCGGGCCCAUCAAGAGAACCAGGUAGGCCCAAACGAUCUGAAGUUAAGAAAGAGAAGAAAGUUAAACCAGCGAGUGGAGAUAAGGUAAAGGCGCUUGUGGAGAAAUUCGAGGAGCAUACGAAGAAGAACGAAAAAGAAAAAGACAAAGAUAAGGAGAAAGUGAAAGAUGAUGAUAAAGACAAGGAUAAGGAGAGGGAAAAGGAUAAAGAUAAAGAGAAACAGUCACAACAAACAAGAUCAAAGUCAUCUCAGCAACCCAAAACAAAAGAUAAAGAGAAAGAAAAAGAAAAGGAAUCAUCACCCGAGAGUCGAGCACAAGACGUCAAGACACCUGUCAAAGACAAGGAAUCAAAAUCAUCUGUCAAGUCAGCGAAAAAAUCUUCAUCGGAUGAUGACAAGGAGCGGAAACGCGGUCGUAAACGUACUAACCCUGAGGAGAAAGAGAAAACAAGCAGUGAAUCAUCGGACUUACCUCCAACUCCAAGCACCAGUACUACUAAAGGCGCUGUUAAUAUUGGUGAAAAGCUGAAGGUUUAUUACGGCCCAACACACGAGUCAAAAGUGACAUAUGAAGCGAAAGUGAUUGAAAUUGACAAGGAUAAUUCUGGUCAGUUUAUGUAUUUGGUGCAUUAUACAGGAUGGAAUAAUCGUUAUGAUGAAUGGAUUAAUGCUGGCAGGAUUGCCGAAAACCUUAGCGCGACUUCGAAAGCCAAACGUUUGAGGCAGCACUCCUCACCUCCGACAGGAGCUAAGUCAAGUCCCAAGCCACCUGUAAAGAGAGGCCGCGGUAUGUCUAUUACAGGUCGCAGCACUGUUCAGGAAACUCCGCGAUCUACGACGCCAUCGAGCGUGACGUCAUCCUCUAGCCGUACUAAAAGUCCUGCGACGCCGGUUUCGCGUAGUCGAAGCACUCGUGGCGAAAGCACAAGACGAACACGCCGUACUUCAGCGCAUACGGACAUAUCGGUGCAAUCAGAGUCCGAUUCUGAUGAUGAUGAUCGGACUGAAAGCGAUAUUGAGUUAACGCGCACGCGUAGCGGUAAUAAAUCCGAAGAGAACGAAACCAAGGUUAAGCGCAAGCAUACUAAGUCGAAAAGUGAUAAGCGGAAGGACGAUGAGGAUACCGAAAAGGAAGACGAUGAGAAAGAAAAGCCGAAGAAGCCGAGGAAAUACAAAAAAGUUGCCGAGAUUAAAUCGGAUAGCGAAGAUGAGGCUGUGCUCAGCACGCACGCGAAAGGACGCGACUUUGAUUUGCUUCAAAUUCGGUCGGAGCUUAAAGGUUUCCGAAAGGCAGAACUACCUGCUACAACUGUUGCAGAAAGCAACGAAAAGGACACCACUUCUUCUGACGAGUCAGCUACACUUGUUGAUAGUAAAGAACGAGAGAUAGAGAGCGAAAAUGAAGAAAAAGAGAAGAUUAUUGAGAAAUCUUCCAGUUCUGAUGAUAUUUACGAGUUUAAAGAGCCUGAGCCAUUUGAAUUUGGCAGCAGGAAGAUUGUGGAUGAUAAGAUUAAAAAGCGAGUUCCAAGGGUUUUCGAAGAGGUGGAAAAAUCACCACCAAAAAAGAAAACGCCGAAGUCUCCUGCCAAACAGGAAACUAAGGAAGAACCUGAGAAGAAACGUUUUAAGAAAUUACCUGCGUCACCUAAGCCAGUUGUCGAAGAAAUUCAAACACCUCCAGAAGAGAAAGAGAUUGAAGUCAAGAAAGAAGUUAAAGAAGAAAAAAGGGAGGUGUCUGACGAUCCGUUUGAUAAAUUGGUUGAAUCGCCAUCGUUUCAUGUUGGCAAAUCAACCACUACAACGCCCGAGAAGGCCCCAGUGGAAAAACCUAAGGUUGAACCCGUUCCCGAACCUUUGAGUAUGUUUGAUUCCCCAGAUUUUGAAGAAAACAGCGAUGACCGCCUUGAUUUAUCCGACAAUGAAGAACGUACUAACGAAUUGACUUUCACACGUGCCAGUCCGCUGUUUACCAACUUUGGUAAGCCUUCGCCAGAUCAUAUUAUCGAAGCAGCAUGUGAUAGUUUUGGUUUAUCAAAGAGCAAGGAUAUCAAGCAAAAAGAUAGCGAAGAUGAUGAGGACUCCAAUCUUCAAGCGUCUAUUCAACGUGCGCAGUCAGCACUUACUAAUCAUUUAGACUCCAGUCCAGGUGAAGCGGAAUCUACGAAAAUUAUAUCCGAAUCCAGUGCGAUUACUUUAAGCCGCGUGGAAGCUGAAGAUGUCGAAAUGGAAAUUGUUGACGAACCUCCCAUGAAAGAAAAGGUUCAACUGCCGAAACAAAUCUCGGCCGUUUUUCAAGAAUCGGAUAGCUCGAUUCUUGAGGAUUUAUACAAUCCUCCUCAGAUUGUUAUUCCCAAAGCGGAGGAUAUUAAAGAUCUCAAUGUAAAAACCGGAACAAAGAUUGCUGAUUCAAUCCUGCAGAAGUUAACUAAAAACAAAGAAAUUCAAGAAAUUAAAGCAGAAGAAUCACCGGAAGUGAUGGAUACAAAAGGUGAAACAAAAAUAAUCACAUUGGUUGAAGCAACGUGUAAACCUGAUACGAAAUCAAUCACAAAGGUAGAUUCUAUUGAUGAACUACCUGUUACACCGCCUAAAUCAAAACCUGAGCCAAAACCUAAACCGCAACCCGUCAAAAGACCAGAGCCCGAGCCAAGGAAGCGCAGUUACAAGAAAUUUGUCAGUCCGGAAUUUAUCGAUAGCGAUGAUGAUAGUGACGAUAGUGAUUCCGAUAUUAGAUUGGUGAUUGCAAGAUCUGAAGAUGAAUCGGAAUCAGGUUCGUCAUCAGAUAAACUUGAACCGGAAGAACAGCCGACUGAGACUAAAGUUAUUAAACUCGUUGAUGCCGAAGAACCUGAAGAACGCAAUUUUAACAUCACUGAAUGUAAAAUGGACUUUAAGGAGGCAGAGGAAGAGGAGGUCAAGACUGAUGAACCUGAAGAGGAGAGCAAGGAAGAAGAGCCCGAUUCACAACUGCAUUCAACACUUUUGUGCGAGGAAACUUUUCCGGGAAGUCCCGCCCCCGCACCUACUAGUGAAUCUAAACCUAAGACUAAGGCUGUCAUGGAGAUGCCUUUUGCUAGCGCGCCUAGCAGCAGCAGUAGCAACAGCAAGAGUGUUAUGAUGCAACAAGAAAAGCAACCAUCGCCUGGACCAAUCAUACUGCCAUUGCCUAAUAACAGGGACACCAAUACAGUGCUAGACAACACGCCACCCACCACACCUGAAAGUACAAUAAGUAAUCUAUCACCAAGAGGAGAAAUUGGUGGAUUAUCUCCUCCGAGCAAUGCAGACAAUGAAAGUUGCAAAUCAACCGAAGCAGAGAAUGAUUAUUCAACGCAAAGACGAGCGGCAGCUACAAAAGUUACAAAUUACAGCGAAGAAGAUUCGUUAAAUUGUGAGCCGCAUACCAGCGCUAAAAAGCGCGAGGAGAUACCGUCGCCUUGCAAGAAGCGCCGGCGUUCGUGCAAGGGCGAGAAUGAUGUACCUGCGAAGCGCGGGCGCAAACCAAAUAGAUCUCGACAUAAUAGCGACAGUGAUGAUACCUCCGAACACUCGCUGAACGCUCUAAUGUCCAGCUUUGAAUCAAGACUCACGCGAUCUCCACGGCCUUUGAAGUACAAUUUCUAUGUUGAAUUGGAUCCAAAUUUGGAUAGUGCCGCUCGAAUAGCAGUAUUACUACAGAAAUUACAAGACUUACGCAAAACUUACGCAGACGUCAAAGCUGAACUUGUGACAAUUGAACGACGGCGGAAGAAAAUCAGGAGGAGAGAACGUGAAGCUUUGAAAGCAGCUAAGCAGGAGAUGGCCUGCAUAUGAUUAAAAUAAUGCUUUCAACUGGUUGGGCAUAGUACCAUUGCAAUUUCAGUAGUUCUAAGUUACAAAAUAUAUUGUAAAGAAUUGAUAAUUAGAUCUAAAACAACUGCCUAUCAUCGCCACAAGUCAAGGCAAUUAUUGAAUGAAGAUGUAAAUAUGUCACGUCAUAAAUUUCGAAUAAGGACUCAAAUUUCAACACAAAAAAAUUGAGACGUUACAUAAACGAAUUUCGAUUAAUUAAUAUUUAUUUGUGAUACGGCUUAAAUUACAACAAUUGUAAUAAUUAAUCGAGGUGUAAACGAAUUGUAAAUAUGUAUCUAAAACUUUUAUUUCGGAUCAAUGACUUAUGAGAAAUAUGUAGUUUUAAAAUGUUAUUGAUUUUUUUUUCGAUUAACAUGUUGUUAGGUUCGAGUAAGUUAUUAUCUCCGUAUUAUGUUUCAGUGGAAUGAUUUAAUUUGUGUGCAAAUUUUUUUCUCGACUUUUCAAUGGCAUUACAAUCAUAUAUUAAUUAUGAAGAAUCAUGAUGGAUUGAUGAUUGGUUAUUGUUUAUAAUCAUCUAGUGCGCAUUUUAAAGAUUAUAUAUUUUGUUAUUAUAUUUGUAUUUUGUAUAAAGGUUUUGAUUGGAGUAAUUUUAGGCUCUACACAUUUGCUCCUAAUUUUCGUCUAAUGGAUUAUUAUUUAUAGAUUAAUGACAAUAUGUGUGUAUUGAGUAAUUAAUCUUUUAUCGAAAAAAGGAUUCUAUUUUCUUGUUUCGACUUAAAUAGCGAAUAUUAUAACGAAUUGAACAGGAAAAUAUAUUUUGUUAAUUAAACAGUAAUCAAA